GCACGUAUUGCCUCGCAGUCGUUACAGAAAAGCGUUAUAGAGACGUCAAGAUCGGAGAUUGCAAUUUGACCGCUUUGAUGGACAUCGGUAGAGAGUUGACUUUAAUGCGAGUGGAUAAGUACGUUAAAAUUGGAGUACUCAAAUUUGAUGAAAUCGGAUUAAAAGGUGGCCAAAGAACGGAAUAAUAAGUCAGUCUCAAUUUGACUUUGCAAGCUCGAUCGUAGUCGAAAAAGGAAAUGUACGGCAGUUGUGGUUCCCACGAAUCCUUCUUGUCUUGAUGACACCAUCGUCAUAAACAAAAAUUUAUUAGAUGAAUCGGUUGUUCGGGAUUUUGAAUGGUCUUCCGCUAAGAUACGGACAGCACGUCUGUCUUUUUUUGGAAGUUGGAAAUUCCUACCUCACAUGUUGUAAAAUUUACAGUGCCUCAAGAGGGUGCCUGCCACCCGGAGUGCUCGACGGGUCCCCUCUAAAGUUAAACAUAAACACCAGAUGAGAUACACCGACGACUGUAGGAUAGUUACCAGAUUGAAUAGGAAUAGAUUCCCUCCUCAAGGGAAAUAUGAACAGAAAAACACCAUCUGGACGGAGAGCUAGAAUAUAAAAACCAGGCGCUUCAAGAGACGAGCCUUCAGUCUUCAUCACACACUCAGUACGUCGAAAAGAUGCGACGGUGAAACGUCGAGAGGUUCCUUAGUAUCUUUGAGCGGAAAUUCAGAAGAGGAAUGGACGUCCUCGACUAUACCCAUAUCGCGGUCGAAUGUGGAACCGGAAAAUCCCGAGGUUGUCCAUUCUAGAAGCAAAAUGAAGAUAUCCGAGAACCAUGGCGUCUCCGUAGAAAGGAAAGAAGCUGUUCGACCCUUCUACGUGAUUUCGCAGAUGGCCGUAAAUGGAGUGGCAGCCAAAUCCAAGCAGUUUCGAAUCGGUGACGAGAUCGCUGAGAUUUGUGAACGUAUACUGCUUGGUAUGUCGAUCGCUGAAGAGUGUUCGGGAACCAUAGAAUUGCAGAUAGCCAAAGAACCGACUUUAGCUUUUGGUGAUGAGUUAGGUGACACGUCGAGCGAUGUUCUUGUACGCACUCGAAACGAUUUUGAGAUGACGAUGCUGAAACAAAGGAACAUGACUGAUGUUCGUGAUUCCACAAAUGGCGUGCAACACGAAACUCCUUUUCAAUGUAAGAUAAUGGGUACCCUGAUGAAGAAUGGCAAAAACUUAUUCGGGAGUUUUAAGGAGCGACUGAAAAGCGAAAAUGAAGCAACUAUUAGAAAAUUUCUAUGAAAGAAAAUAGAUAAUGUCACUAUAGUUGUUCGACCGUGAUCGCGAGAAGUCGAGUUCGCGGUAUAACGCGUCAAAGAGAAUCGUAAAUCCACGUCUCGAUACCAUAAUCGACGCACUCUCUUUACAUCCAACAACUUUUAAAAACUGAAAAGUGCGUUUUGAUCGAAGAGUUGUUAACAAGUGAAGUCCGAAGACGGUGAUGUCGAGGAGGAAAGCUAUUGAUGGGUGUGCCUCUGGAGCACGAGACAAGCAGAUUUGUUUAUUGCAAUCUUCGUUAAGCAAGCGAGUACAGCGGUCAUUGCUGCUAAUUGCAUGAGAAAAGAACUAGUGGAUAAUAAUGGGACGGAACACUUAUCCCGUGUUUUACCGUGACGAGCAAUAAGAAGCGUAAGUAAAAAUCUAAAUCU